AUGUCGACGCCAACGACGGCCGUGGCCACACUCCCUCACUACCACCUCGCCCACCAGGCUCACCACCACCCAUCGUCAACGACGUCAAAUUAUCGCACCACGGCUGCCAAUUCUUUGCUGUACGCGCCAAACCCAUCUGUGCCGACGUCGUCGUCGUCCAACGCGGCACGCCUUUUGCCUUUCGACCAGGCUGGCAGCCGUAAUGCCGGCUACACUUCGUCGGAUGCCAUAACCCAGAACCUUCAGCCCCAAUCGCCACCAGCACCCCCUCCCCACGACCACUAUCUACCUCGCGACCACCACAUUGAAACCUCAACCCCAACAACUCCGAGACAUCGCAUUCAUCAUAACUACUCAUCCACCAUGGGCAGUGCAGCGGCUACCGCCACGGCUCCUUCUACAGCCGCUGCCGCCGGGCCUACUGCUCACGACCAUGACCCUACCUCACGGAAACGCCGUCGCUCCCGGGAACCCGACUGGAAUACCUUCUAUCGCAACGGUUUGCCAAAAGAAAUUAUCGUCAUUGACGACACCCCGGAGCCGGAGGCCAACAGCAGUCGAAAAUUGGCAUCCUCCAACACAAAUGGCGAUGCACCUGCCGGUGCUGCUUCCUACGAGGCGACUGCUACCAACACUCGCCAGCCCGUGAAGCGACGACGUCGGGAUGCUGCCGCUUCGGGCUAUCACGUUCAAUAUGUGGGCUCCCGCACAAACACACCGCUGCAACACGGCACACCCAUCGGCUCUACACUCUCAAGUGACCGCACCAACUCAUUUCUCAACACCACCGCCCCGACUUCUCUUUCUUCCAAUAGCCAGUACGAUGAGGCUCCUGUUCCUUUGAAGCGCAAGCGGACUACCCGUCAACAGGCGGCCAACGAAGCGAAACGUCGGGAUGUCGAUGGCCUAGGGGGCCGACUUCUCACGUACAAGCCACCACCCUUCCCCCCGAAAAAGGUUGCAGAUGUUCAAGUCCGGGUUGUACACGAUCACUACUCAAAGAAUGUAAAGGUUGAUGAUGACGACGGGCACUAUAUCGUUGUUCCGGAUGCGGAACUCACGGAAAAAUACCAAAUUACGCGCCUGCUUGGCCAAGGAACUUUUGGCAAGGUUGUUCAAGCUCGUGAUCAAAAGCGGAACCAAGCUGUUGCCGUCAAAAUUAUUCGAUCAGUGCAAAAAUACCGCGACGCGUCAAGAAUUGAACUGCGAGUACUUGCUACUCUGAAGGCUAAUGACGCCAACAAUCGAUAUCGAUGCAUACACCUAACGGACUGCUUUGACUAUCGAGGCCAUAUAUGCAUUGUCAUGGACCUCUUGGGCCAGAGUGUCUUUGACUUCUUAAAAGGCAAUGGUUUUGUACCUUUUCCUAACAGUCAUAUUCAAAACUUUGCUCGUCAACUCUUUACAAGUGUAGCCUUUCUGCACGAUCUCAACUUAAUUCACACCGAUCUCAAGCCAGAAAACAUCCUUCUCUGUGAUGACUUGUACCAGACAUUCACAUAUAACCGGAAAAUUCCCUCAUCCUCAACAACUAUUAACAGGCAAGCCUCUCAGCGGCGGGUAUUGUUAAAUACGGAGAUUCGGUUAAUUGAUUUUGGGUCGGCAACAUUCCAGGAUGAGUAUCACUCAUCUAUCGUCUCAACAAGGCAUUACCGAGCUCCAGAAAUUAUCCUGGGACUGGGAUGGUCGUUUCCUUGUGACAUCUGGAGCAUUGGCUGUAUCUUGGUCGAAUUCUUCACAGGCGACGCCUUGUUCCAAACGCACGAUAACCUUGAGCAUCUGGCCAUGAUGGAAGCCGUCGUGGGUUCGAGGAUAGAUACUCAUCUCGUGCAGUCUGUAAACAAGAUGUCGACAAGGAGCGGCGGCAAUCCGGCGUCCAAAUACUUUAAACGUCUCAAACUUGACUAUCCUACUGCAGAUACAACGCGAGGUUCCAGGAGAUUUGUCAAAGCGAUGAAGCACCUUCACGACAUUAUUCCAUCGAGUAAUCAAUUCUUCAAGCAUUUCCUUGAUUUACUACAAAAAAUCUUUGUAUACGACCCUGCACGUCGUAUUACUGCCAAGCAGGCCUUGAAUCAUCCCUGGUUCGAUGAAAUCGCCCAGCCGGAUGAUGGCACGGAGGCCGCGAAGAUUCGACAGGAAAGAAAACGACUGGAACAGGAAAAGGCUCGAGCUCACCACCAUCGUUACGUGGCCUCAUGA